UCUCCCUCUCCUCUAGGGUUUCCUGCUUCGUCUCUCUCUCUCUCUCUCUCUCUCUCUCUACCAUUCAAUCCAUUUCGCGGUUGCUAUUUUCUCCUCCGCCUUACUCGGUUUUGUCUCUAUCUGAGCCUUGAUGGACUUCGGCGGCGGUCGCAAGCGAGGGAGGCACGAAGCGCCGUCGUAUAACGGCAAUGGCGGCUUCAAGAAAUCCAAGCCAGAAAUGGAGUCCUUUUCAACUGGUAUAGGAAGCAAAUCGAAGCCAUGCACAAAGUUUUUCAGUACUUCUGGUUGCCCUUUUGGAGAGGGAUGUCACUUCUUGCAUUAUGUUCCUGGUGGUGUCAAAGCUGUUUCUCAGAUGACUGGAAGCAACCCAACUCAUCCACCUCCUCCCAGACAUUCAGCAGCCCCACCUUCAUUUCCAGAUGGUUCUUCUCCUCCAGCUGUCAAGACACGGUUAUGCAACAAAUACAACACAGCUGAAGGUUGCAAGUUUGGAGAUAAAUGUCAUUUUGCCCAUGGUGAAUAUGAACUUGGGAGGCCCACUGCUCAAUCUUAUGAUGAUCCUCGUGGUGGGGGAGCAAUGCAUGGAAGGAUGGGAAGUCGGAAUGAGCCUCCCCCACCAAGUCAUGGAGGUGCAGGUAGAUUUGGGGCCAUUGCCAAUGCUAAGAUUAGUGUAGAUGCUUCACUCGCAGGGGCCAUAAUUGGAAAAAAUGGUCUGAACUCAAAGCAAAUAUGUCGCGUGACUGGAGCAAAGCUUUCAAUAAGAGAGCACGAGUCAGAUCCGAAGCUGAGGAACAUUGAGCUUGAGGGUACCUUUGAUCAGAUUAAAGAUGCCAGUGCCAUGGUUCAAGAUAUUAUUGUGAACGUGAGCUCUGCCGCUGGACCGCACAUGAGAAACCCUUCUAUGGGAGCUUCCAUAGGAAGUAGUAACUUCAAGACUAAGCUUUGUGAGAACUUUACUAAAGGUCAAUGCACAUUUGGUGACAGGUGCCACUUUGCACAUGGAGCUGAAGAAGUGCGUCGGGGAGGGAUGUGAUUCUUCAGUACUUAUGCUAUUCUCUCCCCAAUUUCUUGUAGGAUACUCUUAAAGCAUAAUGUGUGUUCCUGGAUUUUUUUUUUCCUUUCGUAAGAGUGCAGUUUCCUUAGUUAAAUAGGGGUUAAUAUUCAGGGAUUAUAGUCGUUAUCCAUAUCUGCUCCUACUCUCCCACUUGUCUUUCCAAAUCUUUCCGAGUUUUCUUGGUCGAACCAUAUGGUAUAACCACAGGUUGCCUCAUUGCCUGCGGCAUGUUCAGUGGUGAA